UUUAGUUGUAAGCAACUGUGCUAAUCUCACUGACUCAUGCUGCUCGGUCUCAGUGGAAAAAUACUGCAGGGAAGUGGUAUAUCUUGGAAUUUUGUCAGAGCAAUACACGUUUUGAAGUUAGACGGCAUGGCAUGCAGAUCAGUGUGAUAAGUCACAGAGGAGCCAAAGGAAAACCCUAGCUACUUUGUUUCUCACUCUGGCUCUGGUCAUGACAUGUUUGUGUAGAGAUCCUGCAGUGCACCCAGCUGAGAGGAAUACUGAUCAGUUUGUUGUAGCUGUACACAACUCUUGGGGGAGGGUGCUUUGUGAUGGAGGGACCAUUCCUUAAAGGAAACAGCAUUGAGAUGCCCGGUCCAGAUCGGAUUCUGGUGAAGAAGACACAACUGUUGGAUCGAGGCCAGUGGGGGAACAAGUUGGAAUUUCUGUUGGCUGUAGCAGGAACUCUGGUUGGGCUAGGAAACCUGUGGAGGUUCCCCUAUUUGUGCUACAAAAAUGGGGGAGGUGCAUUUCUGGUUCCUUACUUCUUGUUUCUGCUCUCUUGUGGCAUACCGAUGUUCCUCCUGGAGACGGCCAUGGGACAGUUCACAUCUCAAGGAUGUAUUACCUGCUGGAGGCACUUCUGCCCCUUGUUUGAAGGUAUUGGCUACGCUACCCAGGUCGUGAUUGCGUAUGCUGCCGUGUCAUACAUUGUCAUCCAGGCGUGGGCCUUCUUUUACCUGUUCUCGUCCUUCAGCGCUGAGAUCCCAUGGGCCAGCUGCAGAAACACCUGGAACACAGAGUCUUGUGUUGAAUUUGGUAAAACAAAUGCGUCAUCAAAUUGGACAGCAAACGCAACAACGCCUGCAACAGAAUUCUGGGAGAGACGAGUGUUGGGCAUAUCUAAAGGGAUUGAUGAGAUUGGUAGCCUGAGGUGGGAGUUGGCCUUGUGUCUCUUACUGGCGUGGAUCCUUUGCUACUUCUGUGUUUGGAAAGGAGUGAAAUCCACUGGAAAGGUGGUUUACUUUACUGCCACUUUCCCUUAUGUGAUGCUGGUAGUUCUGUUGGCUCGUGGACUCACUUUACCGGGAGCUAUGGACGGCAUAGCUUUCUAUCUGUAUCCCGACCCGAAAAGGUUGGUGGACCCUCAAGUUUGGAUGGAUGCAGGUGCACAAGUUCUUUUCUCGUUUGGGAUUUGUCAGGGGAGUUUGACAGCUUUGGGCAGUUACAAUCAAUACAAUAAUGACUGCUACAAGGACACGUUUAUUCUAUGUUUGGUGAAUGGCGGGUCAAGCUUUGUGGCAGGAUUUGCCAUCUUUUCAGUUUUGGGCUUCAUGUCUUAUGAACAAGGACUGCCAAUAUCUGAAGUGGCGGCUUCUGGACCUGGCUUGGCAUUUAUUGCCUAUCCACGAGCAGUAGCCAUGAUGCCUUUUCCUCAGUUAUGGUCUAUAUGUUUCUUCGUCAUGGUCAUCUUGUUGGGUGCAGAUACACAGUUUGUGAGUCUGGAGUGUCUGAUGACUUCCGUGACGGACAUGUUCCCCACCGUGUUUCGAAGAGCUUAUCGCCGAGAGUUGCUGCUGCUGUGCCUCUGCUCUGUUUUCUUCUUCCUCGGUCUCCUUCUCGUCACAGAGGGAGGCUUAUAUUUCCUUCAACUUUUUGACCAUUACGUUUGUAGUGGCAACAAUCUUUUCCUUCUUUCAGUGUGUCAGUCGAUAGCAAUCGGAUGGAUAUAUGGUGCAGAUCGUCUCUUUGACAAUAUUGAAGACAUGGUAGGUUACCGUCCAUGGUCCAUAAUGAAGUACUUCUGGCUUUACAUUACACCCACUGUUUGUCUGGGUACCUUCAUCUUUUCAUUGGUGCGAUACAAGCCUCUCAAGUUCAACAAAACCUACGUCUAUCCGACCUGGGCUUACGCUUUGGGCUGGUCCCUUGGACUGUUCUGUGUUCUCUUGGUUCCUCUGUGGAUGAUCAUUAAACUUACGCAGAUGAAAGGGACUAUAGGGCAGAAGCUCAGGCAGCUUUGUCGCCCUGAAAUCAAGACUCCCAGCACAGGGAAGCAACCUGAGCAAUGCCCUUUGAACCCAGACAACACUCUUACUCCAGCUAACAAUGAAUACAAAGCAAGUGGUGGAGCUGAGAUGGAGAUGCAAAUCAGUAUGGCAGACUCUCUGUGCAGGCUGGACCAUCUCCCUCCUAAGGCUACUUCACAAACAGUUGAGGACCGUGGCAAAUGGGGCAGCAAAAAGGAGUUCAUCCUGUCUACGGCUGGUGCUAUUAUUGGACUUGGAAAUGUGUGGAGAUUUCCAUAUCUCUGCUACAAGAAUGGUGGUGGUGCAUUCUUCAUUCCUUACAUUCUGUUCCUUGCAGUCUGUGGUAUUCCUCUGUUCAUACUGGAGAUAUCACUGGGCCAGUACACCAGUCAGGGAGGAAUCAUGUGCUGGCGGAAAAUCUGCCCCUUGUUUGAAGGCAUGGGAUACGCCAGCCAACUUAUCAUUUUCUAUGGAUGUAUCAGCUACAUUGUGAUCUUAGCCUGGGCUUUUCUCUACCUUUUCUCGUCCUUCUCUGGUGAGCUGCCAUGGGCCACCUGUAAUAACACAUGGAAUUCAGAUUCUUGUGUGGUAUUGAACAACUUUAAUGCCACUGUUAACUGGACUUUGCCUGUGAAUGCAUCAUCAUCAUCAUCAUCAUCUGUAUCAGAGUUCUGGCAACGACGUGUGCUCAAUAUAUCCACUGGCAUAGAGGCUCUGGGAAACAUACAGUGGGAGCUUUCUUUGUACCUUCUUCUGGCCUGGAUCAUCUGCUACUUCUGUGUCUGGAAGGGAGUGAGAUCAACAGGAAAGUUGUUCUGGUCCUCCUGUGCCUCCCUUCCCUCCAGCGGCCCCAGAAAUAUGGGCUGGGCCUCCAGCUGCAUGGCGUUGGUGUUGCCUACCAGAUGCUCUGCUCCUGGCCGAAGGAGAAGCAGCUGCUGCUGCCGGGCGUGGAGCUCUGCCCCUCCUACCGGAGCUCUGACUGAAGAAAGCGACUGUAAACCCUUUCAUCUGAUUACGCGGGGAAUCUGACCCAAUGACCAAAAAUAGUCUUCUUGCUGAUGGUCCAAUUUAUUUAUGUAGGUUAUAUAGAUACAUUAAUAUUACAUUUGAGACUGUUUCAUAGCCAGUUAAAAGUUCCUCAGUAUCUUUAAAAUAUUUGUUUUUACUUUGGGUACUUUAUUGGUGACCUUUUUUUGCACUUGCCACUAACUUUACAGAGGAAAUAUUCUCUUAUAUUAAGCCAGUCAUGAUGUUUUCCUUUCAAACCAAUUAUGUGUUAUUACGAUCUACCAGUCAUCCAUUUGAUGGAUUUAACCUUUACAGCGUUGGCCCACAUGUUCACAGGCUCAGUUAUGGAAUACUGUGGCACUCCCGAUUAACGAAACUAAAUAAUAAAUGGAAAUGUCUAUUAAAGAGGAUUUUUUUUUCCACUUGUGGUUUGCCCAGACAUUCGAAUAACAUGCAGCUCUCAUCUGCGAGUAUUUGCCAAGCCCAGAGACUUCAAAGACAUUAUUAUGACUUUACUAUGGUGUGAAAAGUGGCUGCAAGCCAAUGCUCUUACUGUACAUAUUUAAAAGCCCUCUCAGGCGAAUUUGUGAUAGUCAGGGUUUAUCUAACAGUAAAGUAAGGAAUAUCUCUCUGUCUGUCUGUCCUUUGUAUAUCUUGCAAACUGCUCAUUCGGUCUACUUUAAACUUGGCAGGUGUAUUACUGGCGACGUAAGGAAGGGCUUUUGUCGUAUUGUAUGAACUUUAGAGACGUUCAAUAAUAAUACACUUCAAAUAAUCAAGUGCUGGGGGUAGGGACUUUAGGGCUCUGCAGACCGAGUCUAGCAUGUCGCAGGCAGGCCGCGACUCUUUGAUUGCAGUACAACCAAGCUCUUCUUCACUUCCUUGGAGUCAACACCAGCAAAUAGCCCACUGGAAGCGAACAAGCACGUAUUUUACUGGUGUUUCUAACAGUGAGUAAGUCGUGAUUUAUUUGUGUUAUUAUAUUACUGUAAGUAAGACUGUAUUUUCCCAGUGUAUGUCUUGGUACUAACUUGUAAAACUAAUAUCAUAACUGACAGCUAUACCUUAUAUCCGUGGUUGUUAUAUCAAAACAAAUGACUAAUAUAUCUAUUUAAAAAUUGGUAUGUGUAUUUCACCGAUACUUCUGACUACGAGUAACAACAAUUUGGAAGUGUUUCUUAGGUGCUGAUUUUGAGGCAAACGCUGUCAUACAUUACUAAAACAUACAGUAAAUAAGCUGCUUUCAAAUUUAACUUAGCUUCUUAAAGUGUAAAAUCCAUUUUACUCUUAAAUUCUAUAGUAUAAUGAUACUGUAUAGGUUAAUUACUUAAAAUGCAUUAUAUUUUAAUUUUUCUAUUUUGUGAGUCAACUCUGGAUCUGCAAUGUACCAGUAACAUUUCUCUGUCAGGUAAAUAUUUGCAUAAUGUUUCCCUCUGAAGUAGAAAUACAUGGGAAGUUGUGUUGAGUUGUAUAUCUUUUAACUGCUUUUGGGCACUGUUGUAAGUUAUUUUAGGGCAAAGUGAAUUAGAAUAGUAACAUAAUUCAAUACUUUUUCAUAUUUAAACAUAAUAAAUCUAGAGCUGUUUGGGGCCCAUUUAGUUUACCCCCCGACCCAGCUUGCCUACAGUAAAGACUGACCAUGGAGUUUCUUUCUGUGUAUCACUGUGUUUCACUGGUGUUCUUGAGAAAGCUGCAAAACCACAGGCCAAGCAUUCAGCCCGUUCUAAUCAGGCUUGUUUUAAUUGAGCACUGCCUUGAAAUUGACUUGGCUGGAGUGGAUGAGCAGGCUUACUGUAGCGUGACCUUUGUGAUUGUGAGAAAGUGGAUCAGAAAGGCUGACUGGCAAACUGUUCCGUAAGAGAGAUGUCUGCAGUAGAUCCUGUGUGCCAAAGUUACAGAACACUCCAGAGUUCACUCCAUAUGCCCAUAAUCUUCUUUUAGUGCCUCAAACUAAAGUUCUGAGUAGAUCUUCUGGUAUGAACCUAAACAGCACGCUUGGCUUACCUCUAAUUUUAAGGUUGAAUAGGUUUUUCUCCCACUUGUUGAUUCAACAGUUUUUGUGUGACUCAUUGUCAACUUCACACAUACCCGGAAAUUUUGCAGUCCAGCGCACAGCGUGUUCCCAGCUUAAGUCUGCAGUCACACAAUGGGCAAUAGCCUAUGAUUUAUGCAGCUGCAGUGUAUUGCAAAACUACCAAAACAAUGACCAACUGAUGUUACAUAAGGAAUCCUAAUGUCUUUUACCAACUUUUUCACAAUCAUAGUUACAGAGUAGUUUUCUAUAAUUUGUAACAAAAUAAUGAUCUGCUUAAAUGUAGGUGCCUUACGUCACAGCGACAUUCCCCUUC